CAGGAGAGCGAACGGACGGCUCUUCGUGAAGUAAACGAGCAUCCAAGACUUUAUACCCCAUUUUCUCUUUCCGCAACCCCGUUCUUUCUCGGUUUUCCCGCCUGCUGAGAUGAUAUAAUCAACAGAGGAUCAGCUGCCCACGAAGAUUUAAAGUUAUAGUAAGAGUUGAGACAGGAGAGCAGGAAGAUGCUGGGGUUAGAGGUCAUCGCCGCCUGUCUUCUUUUUGGAGCCCUGACUCACGGCCAGCAAAUAGAGUGCGCCACGAACAAUGAGUGUCCCAUAGACGUCUACUUCACCAUUGACACAUCUGAGAGCAUUGCCCUGCAGGAGCCGCCCCCUGGGUCGCUAGUGGACAGCACCAAGAAAUUCACUGAGGAGUUUGCAAAGCGUUUGGAAGAUAUUCAGUACAGAGGUGCUGUGCAGAUCAAGUGGAAACUCGGGGGACUGCACUACUCCCAGACACAAAAUGUCUUCAGUCCCAUCGUACCCAAGGACGAUUUCAUCAUUAAUGUCCGAAAAAUAAGGUAUUUGGGUAAAGGCACCUACACCGACUGCGCCCUCAACAACAUGACCUACCAAAUGCUGCGUUCAAUCCAAAAACCUUCACCCCUCCGAUUUUCUGUGGUCAUCACCGACGGCCAUGUGACCGGGAACCCGUGUGGAGGCAUCAAGGUGGCAGCGGAGAAGGCUCGUGACGAGGGCAUCCGGUUAUUUGUCGUAGCAGCAUCGAGGAACACUGAGGAGACAGGUCUGAAGGAGAUCGCCAACUCUCCAGCGUCGGUCUACAGGAGGAACUUCAUGGCUGUGGAUCUGAGCCAGGGCAAAACCACUAUACACACACCGACCAUUGAUCGCAUCAUUAGUACAAUGCAACAUUUAGCGUACACGGAGUGCUACAAAGUGACCUGUCUGGAGACAACCGGACCCCCUGGUCCAAAAGGCCACCGAGGACAAAAAGGAGCUAAAGGCGACAGCGGCGAUCCAGGUCCGAAAGGAGAAAAAGGUCGCCCAGGAGACCCCGGUAUUGAAGGUCCCAUCGGUCAGCCCGGUAUCAAAGGAGAACCAGGUCUUAAAGGCGACAAGGGAGAUAUUGGAACUCAGGGGAAGAAGGGUGCUGGUGGCUUAGGAGGACGCAACGGGACCGAUGGGCAGAAGGGUAAAAUUGGCAGGAUCGGCGCUCCUGGCUGCAAAGGAGACCCAGGCGACAGAGGUCCCGAUGGUCACCCCGGAGACGUCGGUGAACGUGGUCCUCCUGGAACUGAUGGAGAGAAGGGAGAUCCCGGACGCCCUGGUAAACCUGGUCUCACCGGCCCGUCUGGAGAGCCUGGACCAAAGGGAGAGAGGGGAAGUCCUGGAUCACCUGGCUUCCCCGGCGGGAAAGGAAACUCAGGAACUCCUGGACUUCCAGGAACCAGAGGCGAGUUGGGGAGAAGAGGGGAUUAUGGGGCAAAGGGUGGUCAAGGGCCUGAUGGAAUUAAAGGAGAUAAGGGUGAAAUGGGGCCAGAAGGCUUGAGAGGACUUCCGGGUGAAUCAGGAAACAAAGGUACAAAGGGAGACAAUGGUCUGCCCGGCCCCAGAGGACCACCAGGGUUAUCAGGAGAGGCUGGGAAAAAUGGUACCAGAGGUGACGCUGGUGAUGUUGGGCCAAGAGGUGACCCCGGACAGGCUGGACCCAAGGGAGACCCCGGAAGACCGGGCUUUAGCUAUCCUGGACCAAGAGGACCGUCGGGUGACAGAGGAGAGAAGGGUAAUCCUGGACCUCGUGGCAGCAGGGGAGACUGUGGUCAAAAAGGCGAGCCUGGGGUUAAAGGUCCUCCAGGAGACAAAGGUGAUGCAGGAUUUCAGGGUGAACCUGGCCUAAGAGGACCGAGAGGAGAUACUGGACCUGAUGGAGGUCCAGGCCCUGAGGGAGAUCCCGGCCUCACUGAAUGUGACGUCAUGAGCUACAUCAGAGAGACGUGUGGCUGCUGUGACUGCGAGAAACGCUGCGGAGCCCUGGACAUUGUGUUUGUGAUUGACAGCUCAGAGUCAGUGGGUCUCACCAACUUCACCCUGGAGAAGAACUUUGUCAUCAACACCAUCAACAGACUGGGAUCCCUUGCCAAAGACCCCCAAUCAGCCACAGGCACAAGAGUGGGAGUGGUUCAGUACAGUCACAAUGGAACGUUCCAGGCCAUCCGGCUCGAUGACCCCAACAUCGACUCACUGUCUGCUUUCAAGAAUGCAGUGAAGCGUUUGGAGUGGAUCGCUGGAGGAACGUGGACUCCGUCCGCUCUGAAGUACGCCUACGACACCUUGAUCAGGAACAGCCGCAGAGCCAGGGCCAAUGUCACCGUAGUUGUCAUCACUGACGGACGCUACGACCCUAGAGAUGACGACUCACUGCUCACCUACCUCUGCCGUGACCCCAGUGUUGAUGUGAGCGCCAUCGGUGUCGGAGACAUGUUCGACCAGCCUGAGGAGAAUGAGAGUCUGAAGAGCAUCACCUGCCAGAGGGACAAGAAGGUGCAGGGCAUGAAGCGCUUUGCAGACCUCGUGGCCGACGAGUUCAUUGACAAGAUUGAGACUGUGCUCUGCCCAGAUCCUGAAAUCGUAUGCCCCGAUCUCCCGUGUAAAUCAGAGCCUGCCGUGGCUACCUGUGUUCAGCGGCCAGUGGAUUUGGUGUUCAUGUUGGAUGGAUCUGAGAGGAUGGGACUGGAGAACCACCGCAGGGCCAAAGAGUUCAUCGAGAAUGUGGCUCGCCGCCUCACCCUGGCCAACGGCGACUCAGACGAGAGGAAUGCCCGCGUGGCUCUGAUCCAGUACGGCAGCCCUACAGAACAGAGGGUGGAGUUCCCGCUCACACACAAUCUCACAGUGAUCGCUGAUUCACUGUCACGUGUGAACUACAUGGACUCCUCUUCUGCUCUGGGCAGCGCCAUCAUUCACGCUGUCAACAAUGUGGUGUUUAUAAAGAAUGAACGCCAGGCCCGUCGCAACGCUGAGGUGGCCUUCGUGUUCAUCACUGAUGGUAUCACAGCCAGCGGGCAGCUGGAUGAGGGCAUAACUGCCAUGAGAAGAGCGGAAGGCGUUCCCACGGUGAUCGCCAUGGGAACCGACACAGAUGAAGAGGUGCUGCAGAAGGUGUCACUAGAGGACAUGUCGGCCAUCUUUAGAGGAGCUGACUACAACAUGCUGAACAAACCCUCAUUCUUUGAGCGCUUCAUCCGCUGGAUAUGCUAGUGAGGAACUGUAACGCUCUACGCCAUAGAAUUAGAAUCCAUAGAAUGAAAGAAGAACCUUCCUUCAGUGUAAACGUAAACACAUCAGUCGUAAUGAUGAAUGAUCGAUGUAAGGCACUGACAUGGCUACAUAUACUGUUUUUUUUAUUGGUGAAGACUAAAUUGCAAAAGCCAAUACAAUACACGUAGCAGCAGCACAUACAAAAACCUAGGCUCGUAACGUCAUUUGAAAUUUGGUUGUUCUAUUUGUUCUAAAUCCAUGGUCAGCACUUCCAACCAAAGACACUCAUAAGAAUCCCAGAGAUGAGGUGUAUGAUUAUUGAAUGUGUACGAAACAAAUUAUAUGCUUUAUGUUGUUUUUAUUUUGUAUUGAGUUUCAGUUUUCAGAAAAGAAUUUCUCUCUCUCUCUCUCUCUCUCUCUC